GGUCGCUGCCGCCUCUACCUCCUCUCUUCUCCCGUUUCCAGACGGCGGAGGCGCCAUGGCGAUGAACUAUAACGCCAAGGCGGACGGGCAGCCGGGGGGCAGCGGCCUUGGGGCGUCCGGCGGGGCAUCCGGCGGAACCGCCACCAAGAGCCGCAAGCCCGACAACACGGCGUUCAAACAGCAGCGCCUGCCGGCCUGGCAGCCCAUCCUCACCGCCGGCACCGUCCUGCCGGCUUUCUUCGUCAUCGGCCUCAUCUUUAUCCCCAUCGGCAUCGGCAUCUUCGUCACCUCCAACAACAUCCGCGAGUACGAGAUUGACUAUACAGGAAUAGACCCAAACAGUCCCUGCAAUAAUUGUUUAAAUGUAUCUUGGAAUAGCCCACCCUGCCAUUGUGCCAUUAACUUCACAUUGGAUCAACCGUUUGAGGGCAAUGUGUUUAUGUACUAUGGAUUGUCCAACUUUUACCAAAACCACCGCCGCUAUGUAAAGUCUCGGGACGAUAGCCAGCUAAAUGGAAAUAACAUUUCUUUACAUAAACCUAGUAAGGAGUGUGAACCUUACCACACAAGUGAGAAUAAACCUAUUGCUCCUUGUGGAGCUAUUGCCAACAGCAUGUUCAAUGAUACAUUGACGCUUUCUCGUUUUGACCACGAAACAUCUAAAUCCGUACCUAUUCGUCUGCUUAAUAAAGGCAUUGCUUGGUGGACAGACAAAAAUGUUAAGUUCAGGAAUCCUACUGGUGAUACAAAUAACUUGACAAUACUUUUUCAAGGAACAUCAAAACCUGUCAACUGGCACAAACCAGUGUAUAGGUUAGAUUCAGAUCCAGACAACAAUGGAUUCAUCAAUGAAGACUUCAUUGUAUGGAUGCGUACAGCAGCGCUACCUACCUUCCGUAAGCUGUAUCGUCUUAUAGAGAGGCAAGAUAGCUUACAGCCUACUCUGCCAGCUGGGAAGUAUUCUUUGGAAAUACAAUAUAAUUAUCCUGUCCAUAGCUUUGAUGGGCGGAAACGGAUGAUCUUGAGCACCAUUUCAUGGAUGGGAGGCAAAAAUCCAUUUCUGGGAAUAGCGUAUAUAACGGUUGGCUCUGUUUGUUUUUUUCUUGGAGUAGUGCUGCUUAUCAUUCAUCACAAAUACGGAAACCGGAACAAUAGUGCAGAUAUUCCCAAUUAAGCUAAGUGCUCCAAAUCACAUGUACUGCAUGUGCAUCAAGGCGAGUCCAGAGUGGACACAGCUUUUGAAAGCUGUAUCCCUGGUAGUUGCUUCUGAGACAGAAUACAUAAGUAUAUUUGAAGCCUUCAUUUCCGUCACAGUGGAUUAACUUGAAGAUAACAGCCGUAAAACAGUGCUGACAAGGGGAUUUUUGAGGUCUGCCUCUUGCUGGACAGGUGCCAUGAUGCGCAUAUAGUCUUUCCUCACCCAAUGCAUCUGCUGCUUGUUUGUAUGCGUUAUAUGUCAAUACUGUAUAGCAAGAAUGUAUUUAGAAUAGCUUCUUAGUAUUUUAAGGACCUACAGUGCGCUGAUUCUUAGAAGGAAAAGAGGCCUAUCUAUGUUUUGUCAUCCAAAGUAUUUCGCACGUGAGCUUUGUAACUCAUGUACAACUCAAUGUGAAUUAAGCCCAACUUCCUGCUUGAAGUUCACAGGAAGUUCCAAUAAGUGUGUUUUGACACGUGAACUAGUCAACUAAAAGUUUACUUUUUGCCCAGUGACAUGAAAGCUGCUUUCCACAUAGAAGCAACUGUGGCAUAGGAAUCUCUAGCAUUUAAGUUCUGUUCAACUAUCCGUCUUAUGUUAAGCACCCUGUGUGGUUGAAAUCGCUGAGCCUAUUCCAAUAGAAGUAGAUUGAUUUGGGGGCCCAAAUCAGGUACAACUGUGUCAGUAAAUAAAGUACAUUUCUUUCAGUUAAAAAAGCAAGGCUUUCAAUAAUUUAUUAUAAACCUGAAGCAGUCAACUUGUUUCAGAAGAUGCUCCAGUUCCUUCACUCAGAGCUCCUGGGUUCCUCAAAUGUUCCAUAAAAAAUAAACUAAAAGUUGCUGUGGUAGCAUGUGGGAACUUGUGCAUCUUGCAUACUAAGUCCAAUCUAUCCAAAUUGUAAGAACCCAGACCAGGGACUUUAAAAUUAUAGAUAGAUAUAGAUAUAUAUUAAUAUAUAAAUUUGCUGUGUACAUAGAUGUUGUUUUACAUGAAAUUUGCUUGUCAGUCUGAGUGUCUGCUAUUUAAUAAACAGUAUCAUUUGUUUUAUGAAACAAUGUUGUUAUCAGAAACGUAUCUCCUUAAAGCAGCUCUGUCUCUGGUGGCUGUCAAAAAGGACUUGGAGAGGGUAAUACAAAAUUCACUUUGAAAGUUGUGAUACAUUCCAAAUCUGGAAUUUUAACAACCAGGAGUAAAAUCCAGUAGAUUUUUCCACUGUCCAACUUCUAUAGGUAAAACUUUAUGUCUAUCCCAAAAUACUUCUUGCAUGCAAUUGUUUUUUUUAAUUGCCUGUAAUGUACAAAUUGAUAUCCAGAUUAUGAAUUCUAAAUGAGUAUUCAUCAGUGAGAGCUGUCAAUUUACUGGCAAUAGUCAUCCUAGUUAUGGUAUCUCUCUUAAAUUAUAGCAGAAAGCAGACAGUAAUUAGUCCUUUUAAACUGCAGUAUUAUUUAACUGGCUUCACACAAGUAAAUGAUUUUAAUAUGAAUUCUAGGUGCAUUAAUAGGACCAAACUACCUUGAAUUAAGUGUUUGUCCCUUUAAAUUACAUUUUUCCAAUCCAAGCCUCUGGAACAGCCACCUAAUUUUAUAUCUACUUUAUUCACCUUGAAAUCAACAAAUUGGUGAUUAUGGUGGGGAAAACAAGCUCAUCUGUUUUAUACUGACAUAUCUUAACAGGCAAGAAAUUUUUAUCUUCACAUAAAAUAAUCUUAAAUAUUGUGUCAGCCUCUUCAACUGUCCUACCCUUAUUAAAGUUGGCAACUGUUUCAAACAUGCCUAUCGAAAACCUGCUGCCUUAUGUUUAUAGCUGUUUCCUACAGUGAGAAAAAUAAUUAUCCUAACAGCCUGUUGUAAAUACAUUCAAAUUUAUAGACUGUUACCCUGAAGGAUUUUAAUUUUAUUUCUAGAACAAAAUUAUUUUUACCAAGAAUAAAAACUUCUAACUUGACAGAAAAAAAAGGCUUUGUAUUAGCUGAUCUUUCUCUUGUAGCUAUGGUCAAUUGGCAGUCAUGCUUACUGCAAACAACCAGUAGAAAAAGCUGUGAAGGGGGAAUUCCAGCAGAACAAGACAAGAAUUUGUUUAUAAAACUAGCACAGUUCGAUCACUUAUAUUUAUCCAUAACCUGUCUACCUUGUCACCUGUUACAUACUUAUCCAUUUGCCAUGUUUACAUUAAGCAUAGUUUGGCUCUUGCCCAUGCCAGGACAAAAGGAUUACUCAUUCAUAGUAUCUGUAGAGGAGAUAUUAUGCCUUGCAUGAAUUAUUGAAGACAAGUCUUGGUCAUGGCAGACAGUUGAAAAAUAAUCAUGACUUCGAUCUGAAUCUUACAUUUGCUUUUCAUAUGUAAAUAAGAGAGUAAUCAAAGAAACAAAUUCUGUUCUGCCAGUUACAACCUGUUGGAUUAAGUAACUGUUUCAACUUAAGUCUUUUACUGAAUAUUGACAAAGAGCAGCAAUAUACAUCUGUGGAUUUACAAAUUUAAAUUAAUCUGCCUUCUGUGGAAAAGGUUUCCUAUUUCCACAUAAUAAAAAUUGAGGAAAGAAUGAAGUUUACUUGCUUGAAAGAGAAGCAACUACUGAAAUGGGUAAGUUAAGCAGUGACAAGUAAUAUUGCAUUCUUCUGGGACUAAAGAUGGGUGACUAUCUUUAGAACAGGGUAAUAAGAGCUGUAAACUGUUGUUGGUAAUUGUUAUUUUAUUAUUAAAUUUAUAUGCUGCCUGAUGCCCAACGACUCUGGGUGACUCACAAGUAAAAACACAUACAAAGGAAUAAAAAAUAAACGAUAGCAAGAUGACAGAACUGGACUGGAACAGAAAAAAUAAUCCAAGAGGACUACACCCACCCUCGCUAAAGGCAUAGGAGAAGAGCUAGGUCUUCAGCACCCUUCAAAACACCAGUAGGGUGGGGGCCGUCUAGAUCUUAGAAUCAUUUGUUCUUCAUUUGCGUAUAUUCAGAAAGCAUUUUAAAAGGGGGAAAGUGGAAAAUCAGUUAUUUUUAUUUUUCCAUGUGUCUGUAGAACACCUGAGUUUUGUAACAGCUCCACCUUUUUCUGGUUGGUCUGAGGUUUAAUAUCUAACACAUACUGACUCUAACUGUAUAAUGAUGCCUUUCUGAUUUCUUCAUUUCUCUGCAGCACUACAGAUCGUAUCCGGCAGGUUAAGGCUUUUGAGGGACUCCAAUGGAAAAGGGUGGGAAAAUCAAUCCUAGAUCAGUGGAAGAUGAAACAUAAGCAGACAGUUUGAGAUUGCAUUCUUGGUAGUAAGUUGUUGAAUACAUGUUCAUACAACUCAAGAUCUGAGAAACUACUUUGAGGAAGGUUCUUGGGCUUCAUCUGUUACCGCUGCUUUAACUAAUAUGGGAAUUAUUACAGGUUGGGAUGAGAGAAUACCUCAACACAAAGGCAGAUUCUUCUAAUAAUUGAGGCAACAUUAGAAACUAUCCCUUGGAAAUGUUGCCAGUUUUACCAUUUCCCACAGUGGCAAAGAAUUAAACAAAAUACUGUGUUACCUGGAUUGUUUUAAUUUAAAACAAGCUCUAAAUAGCAAGUAAUGCUAUACAACAGGCCAUUCCCUUAAACUGUAGGAGAGUUCAAGAUACCAUCAGUUGAAUAAUAGCAGAACAAAUAGAUUGAUUGCUAAAUGCAGUAUUGGAAGAAAGCUAGUAAAGCCUGAAUUAAUAUGUGUUUUAAAUCACUGAAGCACUACAUGAAGGAAUAAUUUUUUUGUUGCUAUGCCUGUUUGAAAAUGUAGUAAAGCUAAGUGUUUUCCAAUGAGGCUGCAAUAAAGACUACAGUAUGAAA